AUGCGAAAAAAUGACUUUGACGUGAGGGAGAUGAACGCGGCACUAGGUCUUCUGAAGCUUGCAAGGGAAGGGAAGAGCGAAGGAGAUGAGCCCGAUAUAAGAACAAGGAAGACAACAUUCCAGAUGAUGGUUCUCAAAGAAGUCUUCAAGAUCGCGCCGCAUCCAUCCACACUCACAAAGACGGACCUUGCACUUAUGAUCAAGCUUCCAUUGAAGGCUGUGCAGAUAUGGUUUCAGAACGAGCGGAGCAGGAAAGAGAGAGGUGGAAGGACUGGGAAGAGAAGCAGAGGAGGGAAGUCCGAAAAUAUAGAUCCUGUUAAGCUGCUUAGGAUUAUAAUGAAAGUUCUAGAGAAAAACAGAGAGGGACUUAGCUUCUGA